GGCGGGGGCCAAGAUGAGCACGAAGGAGGUGACCUGCAGGUACUUCGUGCAGGGAGUGUGCCGGGAGGGCAGCAAGUGCCUCUUCUCGCACGACCUGGCGAGCAGCAAGCCCUCCACCGUGUGCAAGUACUACCAGAAGGGCCAGUGCGCCUACGGCAGCCGCUGCAGGUACGACCACACGCGGCUGCCUGCGGCGGGGCCGGYGCCGCCUCGCCCGCCCGCAGCCCCUCACGGCCCCCGCGCGCAGCCCGGCGCCCAGCCCGGCGCCCCCGUCAUCAGGAGCAAAGUGCGUGAGACCACCCGGCGCGAGAAGAAGACCCUGGUGCUGCGGGACAGAAAUCUGUGUGGUUCRAAUGAAGAAAAGCAGAAACCCAGUGCCACAAGCGAUUUGGUAUGUUGCAGUGACAAAAACGAGAGUGUGGAAGUGAAGCCCCAUUCGUACUUGGAAGCUAUUUGCAGCGGGCUGGAAGAUCCGUCAGGCGGGGGCUCGUGCGUGGACGGCGAGCAGCUGUGCCCGUACGCUGCCGCAGGCGCCUGCCACUUCGGCGAGCGCUGCCUCUACCUCCACGGAGAUGUCUGUGAGAUCUGCGGCUUGCAAGUGCUUCACCCCUUCGACCAAGAACAGAGGAAGGCUCACGAGAUGAUGUGUAUGGCGACGUUUGAGCACGAGAUGGAGAAGGCCUUUGCCUUUCAGGCGAGUCAGGACAAAGUGUGCAGCAUAUGCAUGGAAGUGGUGUAUGAAAAACCGUCAGCCUCCGAGAGGAGGUUUGGGAUUCUUUCCAAUUGCAAUCAUACCUACUGUUUGUCCUGCAUCCGGCAAUGGCGGUGUGCCAAGCAGUUCGAGAAUCCCAUCAUCAAGUCUUGUCCAGAGUGCCGCGUGAUCUCGGAGUUUGUCAUUCCUAGUGCAUACUGGGUGGAAGACCAGGAGAAGAAGAACAAGCUGAUUGAAGCAUUUAAGCAGGGAAUGGGGAAAAAAGCGUGCAAGUACUUUGAACAAGGAAAGGGAACUUGCCCAUUUGGAGGAAAGUGUCUCUACCUUCAUGCUUAUCCGGAUGGGAGACGAGCGGAACCUGAAAAGCCAAGGAAACAGCUCAGCUCGGAGGGGACCGUGCGGUUCUUCAAUUCUGUUCGCCUCUGGGACUUUAUUGAAGACAGAGAAAGUAGGACUGUGUCCAGUGCAGAUGAUGAAGUAACAGAACUGGGAGAUCUUUUCAUGCACCUUUCUGGGGGUGAUGAGGAUUCUGCUACUUCUCAAUAAAGAGUGAAAGGUGCUUUCGUGAAUAGCAAUCCAACUAUCUAUUUACUUUUUACAGCACAGAUGGAAUGAAUGUGCCCUGUGGUUUACUGACGGAGACCUGGUAAAUCUUACAAAUAACUCUAAAAAUAUAUCUUAGAAUUUUUGUUGCCGUAUAGAACCUAAGUUGAUUGCAUGGAAAAAUCCCUUAAUCCCACAAGGGUGUUCUCUCUCUUUGGCCUAAGAUGCUGUCUUGUAAAUUGAGUGGUAGUGUAAAUACAGCUCCUCUCAUAUCCUUUAAAGCUUAAACUGUUGCUAAAUCUGUUUGGGGUUGUUUUUUUUAAAUUUUUCCUUGCUAAGUCGACUAAAGUAGAACUGGCACUGGAAUCACCACGUMCAUCAGAAUUGUUACAAUACUGAUCAGGUUUUUAGAAGUACAUAACAUGAAUGGAUAACUUUUGGUAUUCAUUACAAUGGCAAUAUUUACUUUUUUGUUCAGUUUAAUGAGUUGAAAUGUGUAACAUGC